UAUCAAAGCACCCUCCCUUGUGCCUGUUCAUCUCGACUCGCAGAAGGAGUGGAUGGGUUUAAUUUCUGCAUGUACGAGCGCGGCGGCAGAUUUCACUGUGCAUCUUCGGGAGGAUCUCUCUCGGGUGCAGAUGCAGCAGCCUGGACCUGUUCUUUGUCGUGAGGCUGAGGAAGGAUUUGAUUGUUUACAGUAGCAGGCAUUUCAUUCCGCUUGUUUUGCUACACUGCCACAGCGCCAUGAGCCCAACGACAACGUGUCUGACUGAGCACAAAGAAACGAACGCGAUUCGGGGGUUUUUACUCGAGUGACGGUACAGUAACGAUAAGGUUGCAUGCUACAGUACUGCAUUGCGAGUGUCAACGGGAAUCAUGGCACGGUCUGAGAAGGACCACGAGGAGCGCGAUGCUGGUACCAGUCAUGUGAUGAGAGACUUUCACCACCCGUACACGCCGUACGAGAUCCAGGAGACGUUUAUGGGGACGGUCUAUGAUGUUUUGGAGGCAGGUAAACUUGGCAUAUUGGAAAGUCCCACUGGUACUGGAAAAUCGCUAAGUCUAAUCUGUGGAUCUCUGACUUGGCUACGCGACUUCAAAGGAAGACAAUUUGAGGAAGGAUUGAAUUGGAGUCAAGAUGAUUCAGAUGAACCAGCAUGGGUCAUCGAACAAGCCAAAGCCAGGAAACGGCGAGAAAUGCUUCGCCGCAGAGAAGAGAUGGAAGCCAGACUAGCAAGAAUCCGUGCUAAAGAGAAAGCUCAACGAGACAAGUACUUGAAAGGCGAUCAAGGAAUUAAGAGAAGAAGAGUUAAUGCUGAGAAGAAUGACGACGGGGACGAAGAACAGUUUGUUCUCGAUGAUUAUGAUAGUGAUCAAGAGCACAAUGGCUCUAAAAGUGCUAAGUCAGGUGGUGCUUUCUCAGCAGCUACUUUAGAACUCAUGGCAAAGAUUGGAAUGGGCCCUGUAGCUUCUAAAGAAGAAGAGGAUGAAACAGAGGAUGAGAUUAAGAUCUUCUACUGUUCGAGAACACAUUCUCAACUCACCCAAUUCAUCAACGAGCUCCGAAGGGUCAAUUUCCCACCCUCGAUCAAGGACGCAGACACGAAAGAUACAGAUAUCGAAGAUCUCAAGCACCUCACUCUCGGAUCUCGCAAGAAUCUUUGCAUCAAUCCCUCAGUCAACAAGCUCAACUCCCUCACAGCAAUCAACGAACGUUGUUCAGAACUCCAGCAAUCCAGCACAGCUAAGGAGCAUAAAUGUGUUUUCCUUCCCAACAAGGAGAAUCAAGCUCUCGUCAAUACAUUCCGAGAUCAUUCCUUGGCCACUAUUCGAGAUAUUGAAGACAUGGGCUCGCUUGGCAAGGAGAUUGGGAUUUGCCCUUAUUAUGCUUCGAGAUCUGCUAUCAAACCAAGUGAGAUUGUCACUUUACCUUAUCCUUUACUGCUCCAGAAGAGCGCUAGAGAGGCAUUGGGUAUCAGUUUGAAGGGUCAUGUGGUCAUUAUUGAUGAGGCUCACAAUUUGAUGGAUGCCAUAUCUGGGAUUCAUGGAGUGGAGGUGAACUUGAUGCAACUCAAGCGUGCAAGAGGACAGCUUGGAGUCUACUUGCAAAAGUUCAAGAACAGAUUGAAGGGAAAAAAUAGAGUUUAUAUUGCUCAAGUGGUGAGAGUUAUCGACUCGCUUGUCGGCUACCUUGAGGGUAGAUCGACACAGCUAAAAGCAGAUGGUAUAGUCUCCGAAAAAGAGCUACUCUCUGGAAAAGGCGUCGAUCAAAUCAACCUCUUCAAACUCAUCCGCUACCUGACGGAAAGCAAAUUAGCCCGCAAAGUCGAAGGCUACGCCCUCCACACCUCAACUCAAGCACCCAAUACCCCAUCCACUCAAUCGGAACAAACAUCCACAACUCCCGUCCUCCACCACAUCACCUCCCUCCUCUCAGCUCUCACCCACCCCUCCAAAGAAGGCCGCCUGUUCUUCACCAAAUCCCCCUCCGACCCCUCCCUCACAACCCUCAAAUACCUCCUCCUGGACCCCUCCACCUCCUUUCGCGAAAUAGUCUCACAAGCACGCUCCGUUCUCCUCGUCGGCGGAACCAUGUCCCCCAUGACCGACUACACCUCGCACUUAUUCCCCUACCUCCCUUCCUCCUCCCUCACCACCCUAUCCUGCGGGCACGUCAUUCACAAAGAAAACCUCGUAGCCUGGAACCUCAGCAAGGGCCCCUCUGGCAUCGACUUCGAAUUCACAUACAACAAACGCAACGACCCCUCCAUGAUCGCCGAACUCGGCCUCGCCCUCCUAAACAUCUGCACCAUCGUCCCCGACGGCAUCGUCGUCUUCUUCCCCUCCUACACCUACCUGUCCACCGUCCUGACCAGCUGGUCCAUGUCCCCCUCUCUAUCUUCGCCUUCCAUCCUCUCGCGCCUCGAGAAGAAAAAGGCCGUAUUCCAAGAAAGCAAAGAAACGUCCUCAGAUACAACCCUCCAAGCCUACGCCUCAGCCAUCGACGCCGGCAAGGCCGCCCUCCUCCUCAGCGUCGUGGGCGGCAAGAUGAGCGAAGGCAUCAAUUUCUCCGAUAAACUUGGCCGCUGCGUCCUAAUCAUCGGACUCCCGUUCCCCAACGCCGCGUCGGCGGAAUGGAGGGCUAAAUUAGAAUACAUCGAGUCGUCCGCCAUUGCGUCUCUCUCCUCCUCCGAUCAACCUAAUCUAGGGAAACAAGACAUUCAAGCAAAAGCAAAAGAGGCUUCAAGAGCGUUUUACGAAAAUGCAUGCAUGAGAGCAGUCAACCAGUCGAUCGGAAGGGCGAUUAGACAUCAGAACGAUUACGCGGCGAUCGUGAUGGUGGAUAGACGGUUUGCGGGGGAGAGGAUUAGGGGGAAGUUGCCGGGGUGGAUUCGCGGGGGUCUGGUGGAGGGGGCGGGGGAGUUGGGGUUUGGGAGGUUGAUGGGGAGGUUGGGGGUUUUCUUUGGGGGGAGGAGAUGA